AACAAAAUAUUUUAUGUUGCUGCAAUAGUUUCCUCGACGCUCCUCAAAUAUCACAUAUUAUUUCGGUCAAAAAUCCCAAACAUUGAUUAAACUCAAAUAAAUAUUGUGGAAAGAACUCUACCAACAGCUGACGGAUUACGGCUUCAAAACACAGCUAGGCAUAGGGUAGGGAGUCGCCACCAUGGGACUUGAAAAAGUACAACAUGUAGUCUUGGUGCUUUCGGGUAAAGGAGGAGUUGGAAAAUCAUCUGUCACAACGCAGCUAGCCCUCGCUCUAGCUCUGGCUGGGCACAAGGUCGGCAUUCUCGACAUUGACCUGACGGGCCCAUCGAUCCCUCGAAUGCUCUCGAUCGAAUCCUCGAAAGUUACACAAGUUCCCGGAGGAUGGUCGCCUGUGUGCGUGCAAGAAGCUGACGCUUCGAAAGGUACUGGCAGUUUGCACGCAAUGAGCCUUGGGUUUCUUCUACCGCGACGCGGAGACGCUGUUGUGUGGAGAGGACCGAAGAAGACAGCCAUGAUUCGCCAGUUUUUCAAGGACGUUCUAUGGGACGAGACGGAUUACCUAUUGAUCGACACUCCCCCAGGAACUAGCGACGAGCAUAUUUCUCUGGCCGAGACAUUGCAACGAGAUGCGCUACCAGGACAAGUUGCUGGUGCCGUUGUUGUCACCACGCCACAAGCAGUCGCCACAGCCGACGUGCGCAAGGAGCUCAACUUUUGCGCGAAAACAGGUAUCAAGGUAUUAGGCGUUCUUGAAAAUAUGAGCGGCUUUGUCUGCCCUCAUUGCUCAGAAUGCACAGAUAUCUUUGGGUCUGGUGGAGGAAAGGUGAUGGCUACCGAGUUCAAUGUCCCAUUCCUUGGCUCAAUACCCAUGGACUCCCAAUUUAUCACAUUGGUGGAAGAAGGCCGUCGACCUAUAUAUCCGGUGGGCACGAUAAUCAAUGGCGAGGACGUCGGGAGGACAGAGACUGAGAGAGACAAUGAGGGUACGCUGAUGGACAAGUACAAAGAUUGCUCUCUUUACAGAGUGGUGCGAGGGGUGACGGAUAGAGUGGUGGGAGAUAUUACAAAAACCACUAGCACAUGAGCCCAUAUAGAUUUUAAUGAUGAUGAGAUGAUGAUGAAGAUCUUUUGUUUGGAGUCGCAUCUGUGCAAGCGGCGAUGCUCCCCGAUGCGAGGGCUUCGAAGGACGAGGCUCACGUGCAUGAGUGCGGCUCUGCAUAUCCGAGGGAAUAUUGAUUACGAGAGGGGACAAAGAGUGCGACGUGUUUUUCCUGCAUGUGGAAAAAUGGCGCAUUGCAAACAAUUGAUAUUGAUAGGCAGUCAAACGGUAGUAUUUACGGAAAUCGGCAAAGAGUUGCUAGAAAUCAACUGUUGACGACUCUCCCGGCCUGCCCCGCGUCACUGUUUGGGCGGCCAUCCCAGCCAGCCUUGAGGAACGAGGGGCAAGCUUUGCGCCUACGCAGGCGGGGUAUAGAGGCCCACUACCACCGUCAUCGCUGUAAAUGUUCUACGGUGACGGCGCCUACAGCCCACUUGGUUGGCAAACUGGAGGUCGCUGGUGAAAACUUGGCCAAAGAAAAAACUUUGACGUAGCUUCAAGCUGAGCAUUUGGUUGUAGAUAGAUUGGCAGCGUAUGUAAAAUACAGAGGAU